ACAUACAUACACACACACAUACAGUAUAUUUACACACAAUAUACAGUAUAUUUUCAUACAUAUAUGUAUGAUAAUACAGAGAAACGAGAGGUUUUAAUUACUUGAUAAUAUAUAUUGGACUUUAUAUUUUACGAUCUGGAGAACGGUGUGUAUACUGUGAUGUAUGUAUCUUAAAUAUCAACGAACUUUGAACUACUUUCAAUUCUGCUGUUUCAUUACGAAGGAACAAAUUUAUAUAUAAAGUUAUCAUUUGCUAGUUUACUUUAAGCAUUUAAAUAAUUUUGAGCUAGCAUAAUGAAACAAUCAGAAGAAUUACGUUUUGUUGACCGUGUAGUUAUUGUAACCGGAGCUGGAGCAGGUUUGGGCCGUGCAUACGCCUUACUUUUUGCUUCAAAGGGUGCGAGUGUCGUCGUAAAUGAUUUAGGAGGAAGUAGACACGGUGAUGGAAAGAGUACAAAAAGUGCAGACUCAGUUGUCAAUGAAAUUAGAAAGAAUGGUGGAAAAGCAGUGGCCAAUUAUGAUUCUGUUCUUGAUGGGGCAAAAAUUGUAAAAACAGCUAUUGAUACAUUUGGACGAAUAGAUGUAGUUGUUAAUAAUGCUGGAAUUUUAAGGGAUAGAUCUUUUGCUAAAAUGUCAGAGGCUGAUUGGGAUUUGGUACAAAGUGUUCAUCUAAAAGGAGCAUUUAAAGUCACUCAAGCUGCUUGGCCUUAUUUUGUUAAACAAAAUUAUGGCAGAUUCAUCAUGACAGCAAGCAACAGUGGUUUGUAUGGAAACUUUGGUCAAGCCAAUUAUAGUGCAGCAAAAAUGGGUCUUAUUGGUUUGAGUAAUACAUUAGCUAUUGAAGGUAGAAAGAGAAACAUCCAUACAAAUGUAAUAAUACCAACAGCUGGUUCUCGUUUAACAGAAGAUAUUUUACCACCAGAGUUCUUUGAACAAUUAAAACCUGAAUUAAUAGCCCCUGUAGUUGUUUGGCUGUGUCAUGAAAAAUGUAUGGAAAAUGGCUCUAUUAUUGAAUCUGCAUUAGGUUGGGCAGGAAAAUGCCAUGUAAUUCGUUCAUCAGGAUCAACAUUAAGGCAAGAUUUAUCUAGCGAUGUCACUCCCGAAGAUGUCGAAAAGAAAUGGUCGGCUGUUACCGAUAUGUCAGCUGCUAAACAUUUUGAUUCUCUUGAAGAAGUAACAGGACAAUUUAUGGUUGCAGUUGAUACAAUGAAAUCUGGAAAUGCUGGAUCAGAGGACAGUGGCGUCCUUAGACAUACUUAUAAUUACCGGGACAUUAUAUUAUAUGCAUUAGGAGUUGGUGCCUCUGUUAAGAUACCAGCUGACUUCCGUUAUUUGUACGAAAAUGACAGCAAUUUUGCUGUAUUUCCUACAUUUUAUACUACGUUUGAUGCAAUGUCCGCCACGGAUAUCUCCAUGUUAGAAAAAUCUUUACCAAAUGUUGAACUAAAUCCAAUGAAGUUAUUGCAUGGGGAGCAAUAUAUCGAAAUUCAUAAAGAAUUACCAACGGAAGCUACGGUCGAAACACGUCUCAAAGUUGUGGAUGUAUUGGAUAAGGGAAAGGGUGCUGUAUUUGUGCUGCAAAAUGAAACAUUUGAUACUAGCAAUGGAGAUAAAUUAUCUACGGGACAAAUGAUAUUAUUUAUAGCAGGAGCUGGAGGUUUUCAAGGAAAACGAUCAUCUUCAAAAAUUAUACCAACUAUCGAUGCUCCUAAUCGACAACCAGAUGCAUCAGUUACUCAACAAACAAGUCAUGAUCAGGCUGCAUUAUACAGAUUAAGUGGUGACAGAAACCCCUUGCAUAUCGAUUUAAAUGUAUCAAUGAUGGCUGGUUUCAAACAACCAAUCUUACAUGGAUUAUGUUCUCUUGGAUUUUCUGUUCGUCAUGUUCUUCAAACUUAUGCUAACGGUGAUCAAAACUUAUUUAAGGCUGUAAAGACGCGCUUCGUGAAACCAGUAGUUCCUGGACAAACAUUGCAAACAAAUAUGUGGCAAGAAGGAAAUAGAAUACAUUUCCAAACAUCUACUGUAGAAGGGAAUCUACCCGUUUUAACAGGUGGAUAUGUUGAUUUGAAACGCACGGUAUCAAUGCAACCAAUAAUGAAUCGUUUAUCUGGCAACGAAUCUCUUGAAAGUGAUGUAUUAUUUAAGAUGAUGGAUGAAUACGCAAAAGCAAAUCCAGAACAGGUAAAGAAAAUCAAUGGAAUAUUUCUUUAUCACAUUUUGGUGAAAGGAAAGCCUCAAGCAACAUGGACUUUGGAUAUGAAAAAAGGUGAGGUAUAUAGAGGAAAUCCAAAAUCAGGGAAGUCUGAUGCAACAUUAACUCUUGAGGAUGCGGACAUGAUGCAAAUAGCUUUAGGUAAAUUAACUCCACAAAUGGCGUUCAUGCGAGGGAAGAUAAAAAUCACUGGAAAUAUCAUGCUCACUCAAAAAUUAACAGCACUCAUACAAGCUAGUAGGUCAAAAUUGUAAUAUUAAUAUAAUUGGUUAAUUAGUAUUACGAUAUAUUUGUUAUUAUAUUGAGAUAUAUAUAUAUAUAUAUAUAAUUGUCUUUGUUAUUAAGUAUUUUUAUACGAAUUUUUAUUCGCUUUGAAGCUGAGUUAUACAUAUGGUUUGGUAUAAAAUACAGUAUAAAUAUUAAUAAACCUGUUUUAUAUUGCAUAUUCCAAAAGAUUAUAUGUAUUUGUAUAUUCAAUUUUGAAUAAACUAAAAUUACAUAUUA